AUGGACUUUGGCGGUGCUCCGACUGGUAACGCGACGUCCCCACGCGUCAAUAAGAAGACCAUGGGUGCCUAUGUAGGCCACACAGUCGCUCUCGUCGGCGCUGUGGAGAGUCACUCGCCCACGGCCGUUGUACUGCGCACCUCGGACGGUGAGAUCGUGAACGUGAAGACGCAGCCAGGCACCGACUAUGGCAGCAAAGUAGUGGAGGUGAUUGGCCGCGUGGAGGACAGUGAGACCAUCCGGGAGUUCAAGACGACGCUCUUCGGUGACAACUUUGACUUGGACGUGUACGACCAGUUCGUGCAGCUCUCGCAGACCAAGUACAAGCAUUUGUUCGAGUAG